GUGUUGAUACAGGGAAACAUCAGUUACUCACAUGUAUCGGCCAGUACCGUCUUACAGACUUUCGUGCGACAUCAGGUUGCCAGUAAGAACAGCUAUUAUCGUCUUGGUACUGGUUUUUUCAUGCUUAAAUGGGAUCGAUUGUAAACUGCAUUUAUUUUCCUUUGGAUCUGAUAGAGACCACCCAAGGCCUUCGUGGAAAAUCAGACGACAGCAAGAGGCGGCUCACAACUACUUCGUCGGAGAGUUCGGUUCCCUCGAAAAGAUCAGCUGCAGAAGUUGUCUCUGAGAUUGGAGAGGAGGCUGAAGAGGCUGAUGUGAGCGCUCCAAGUCCUGAACCACCCCAUAAAAAAGUCACCUUCCUGGAAGUCGAGUUCCCUUCGGAAUGUGGAAGCGAUUACGCCGAUUCCAAUCCCUCUUCGACCAGAUCAUCUCUGAACUCCAUUGACUUCCGCUUUAUCGAUCAUUUAGUUGGACCAGGCACAUCAUCUUCACGACUGACUACAAACGCUCGCCUCAUAAUCGACCAACUUGAUGUUUCCCAGCUACUGAUGGACGCGCGAAGAUCAAUGAUAAAAAAGCAAAGCGAGAUCACGGAUGUUUCGGAUUUGUUAACGAUUAAUUUUAUUUUUGACGCGAACUUCCUGAAGAAACACGUCCCGACGAACAUCUUGACAUCAUUUUUAUCGACACCACUACCCACACCACCUGAUCGAGAAAUGAAGUUACUUUUAGACUGCUCUGUGUUUGCGGCAUCACAUUCAUUCCAGGAGACCAAAAGACACAUUCGGAACAAAAUCCAAACAGAAGGAGAGAGCCUUGUAACAGACAUUCUUCGUCAUUAUACGGAAAGACCCUACCUCUGGCAGCACAGUACUUCAUAUCCCAUCCCUCCGCCAUCACUGACACAGAAUGAAGACACUUACACGCAGGCCAUUGUGAAAAAUAUUAUCCUCGGCGUAGUCGGCGAUCUGGAGCUGUCGGAUCAUUGGAGUCGAGACCCUGAUUGUUGAGAUCAAGAAACCAGGGGCAAAUGAUAACGAUUUGGAAGGGGACCAGCGGAAGCUCCCUUGCAUGCAGAAACUGAUGAUAGAUCA